UAAACCUUUAUCUUAAUUUGUUGUUGUUUCGAAUUGAGAAUUUCGAUCCUAUAAUGGGUGUGUUCACUUACGAAACUGAGUUCACCUCCGUCAUCCCACGAGCUAGAUUGUUCAAGGCUUUCAUCCUUGAUGUGGACAAUCUCAUCCCGAAGAUUGCACCCCAAGCAAUCCAAGGUACUGAAAUCCUUCAAGGUGAUGGAGGGCCUGGAACCAUCAAGAAAGUUACCUUUGGGGAAGGCAGUAAAUUUGGAUCUGUAACGCACAAGAUCGAUGGGAUUGACAAAGAUAAGUUCCAGUACAAUUACAGUUUGAUCGAAGGAGAUGUGUUAGCUGAACACAAGAUUGAGAAAGUCUCUUACGAGACCAAAUUGGUGGAGUCUGCUGAGGGAGGAUCCAUUGUUAAGAGCAUCAGUAACUACUACACCAUUGGUGAUAUUGAGAUCCAAGAAGAGCAUGUUAAGGCUGGAAAAGAGAAGGCGUCUCAGCUCUUCAAGCUGGUCGAAGGCUACCUCUUGGCCAAUCCCGACGACUACAACUAAACUUCUAAACUUGCAAGAAGAUCAUUGUUUGGGUGUUAAUUACCUCUAUGUACGUGAUCGGAUAAAGUGUGGUUUUACUAGUAACGUUGGCUUUACUUCUGGAACGAGACAAAUGCCAAGAACUUGGUUAUAUCAUGCAGGAUAUAGACCUGUUUGGACGAUCUGAAUGUGGUAUUAUUUUCUCUAAAAUAAUGAAAAUCAUCCGUUAAUUAAU